UGCUUUUGAUCAUAGUGCAUUACCCGCAUAAUCAACUUCCUAAUUGCCAGUUAGAGUCUCACGUUCCUCUGAAAUUCUUACCUUCUACGCUUAUCCGAAGCCGUCAAGUCUCCAUCACACUUUCCUUUCAAGCUUCAACACUGCUCACAAUUCACAUUCACAGUCACAACAGCCUCUGCUUCUGCCAGCAAAGGGAAAAUGGGUUUCUUUUUCGGGCUCGCGCUCGGAAUAGUUGUGGGGCUCGCCGUGAUUGUGGGGUUCGUUAAGUGCGAGAAUGCGCGGUCCCAGCGCCGGUCUGAGCUGGCAGCGACGAUUGCCGCUUUUGCGAGGAUGACGGUGGAAGAUUUCAGAAAGCUCUUACCUCCUCAGUACUGCCCUUCUUGGGUCGUCUUCUCUCACAGGCAGAAGGUAUCUUGGCUUAACGCACAUCUUGCAAAGAUCUGGCCCUAUGUUAACGAGGCUGCCUCCGAGCUAAUAAAGACAUCGGUGGAACCCGUUCUUGAACAAUAUAGACCCAUUAUUUUGGCCUCGCUUAAAUUUUCCAAGUUUACUCUUGGUACCGUAGCACCCGAGUUUACAGGCGUGUCUAUAAUUGAGGAUGAAGGGAGUGGUGUUACAAUGGAAUUGGAAAUGCAGUGGGAUGGGAAUCAAAGUAUUAUACUUGAUAUUAACACUCUAGUUGGUGUUUCACUGCCAGUGCAGGUAAAAAAUAUUGGAUUUACAGGCGUUUUCAGGUUGAUUUUUAAACCACUUGUUGAUGAAUUUCCUGGCUUUGGAGCUGUUAGUUUUUCUUUAAGGCAGAAGAAAAAUUUGGAUUUUACCCUAAAAGUUAUUGGUGGUGAUAUAUCAACAAUCCCUGGACUAUACGACGCAAUUGAGGGGACAAUUCGGGAUGCUGUUGAAGAUUCUAUCACAUGGCCUGUGAGAAAAGUUAUACCUAUCCUGCCUGGAGAUUACGAUGAUCUAGAGUUAAAGCCCGAGGGAGUAUUAGAAGUGAAGCUUGUGCAGGCGAAGGAGCUGACAAACAAGGAUAUAAUUGGUAAAUCAGAUCCAUAUGCUGAACUAUAUAUUCGACCGUUACGUGACAGAAUAAAAACUAGCAAGACAAUAAACAACGACUUGAAUCCUAUUUGGAAUGAACACUUUGAAUUUAUUGUAGAAGAUGCAUCCACUCAGCACUUAGUGGUCAAAGUUUUUGAUGCUGAGGGUUUACAGUCCGCUGAUUUGAUUGGGUGUGCUCGUAUUAGUCUUAGUGAACUCCAGCCUGGUAAAGUUAAAGAUGUGUGGUUGAACCUGGUGAAGGAUUUGGAGGUCCAAAGAGAUAACAAGAACAGAGGACAGGUACAUUUAGAACUUCUGUAUUAUCCUUUUGGCAGAGAGAAUGGAUUUUCCAAUCCUUUUGCUCCCGACAAUAUGACAUCCUUGGAAAAGCUUCUUGAAAGUUCAGCGAAGGGAAUUGAAGUUCCUGAUAAUGAAAAUACUUUUGCACAAAAGAGAAAGGAGGUUAUUGUUAGGGGUGUCCUUUCUGUUACUGUAAUAUCUGCUGAAGACUUGCCUCCUGCAGAUAUGAUGGGGAAAGCUGAUCCUUAUGUUGUUCUCAUCAUGAAGAAAACAGAAAAUAAAAAUAAAACCAGGGUUGUUAAUGACAACUUGAAUCCUGUUUGGAAUCAAACAUUUGACUUUGUUGUUGAGGAUGGAUUGCAUGAUAUGCUAAUUGUUGAAGUUUGGGAUCACGACACAUUCGGAAAGGAUUAUAUGGGCAGAUGCAUAAUGACGCUUACUAGGGUCAUACUGGAGGGGGAAGUGAAAGAUCGUUAUCAACUAGAUGGUGCUAAAUCUGGCUACUUGAAUUUGCAACUCAAGUGGCUGCCACAACCAAUUUAUCGUGAUCAUUGAGUUUCAUUUUAUCCCAGACAUGUGAUAAAUUGAUAGAUAGAAUUGUGCAUGCUAGAAGGUAUUCUAUGAUGAUAUCAAGAUAUUAUAUAACUUUGAAAGGCGUGAAUGACAAUGUGAACACUGUUCUUGAAGCAAGAUUUGCCCUUUAUUUUUGCUGCAGGGUACAAAACCAUGAUGGUUCAUAAUCAAUGAAUAUAAUGUUUCAGAUUCAAUGAACAUGGUGAUUUAGGAUGAACAUGGUGUCUGAACAUCAUUUCUUGAUAAACGAUAUAUAAUCAAGACGCCUUUAUCAUCUCUGAUCUCUUUCAUUGAAACAUUAUUUCAUUAAUUGCAGAAUAGAAUUCUCUAUAGGUCUUGGAUCAAUCCUAGGUUCAAAUUUGCUUGAACUCUGCAGCAAUGAUAGAGAACAAAUCUUAAAAAUAUACUGACAUUCACAUAUUUCAAAGCCAUCUUUUUGUUUUUUUCCGUCAUUGUUUUGUUUUUGUAGCCCUAUUUCCUAUCAGUGCAUGUGUGGACCAUGGCACCGGCCCCAUGGUGCUCCUUGUUUCUUGAACGCAGAGAACUACAAUAAGCCAAUCAUGUACAUAAUUGUUUUAUUGUAUCAGACGUGAUGAAGAUAGAAGAUUAGAAGACCUCCAGAUGAGUUUAAUCCUUUUUCAAUCUUGAUUGUUAUUGAAUGUCCUUUUCUGACUGCCCUCUAGUUGUCAAGAACUCUGAACCGAAGUUGCCUUGUUAUGGUUGUGGGUUGAUAAAUGGAGUGAGAAUAAGAGAUUUAGGAAAAAUAGUGUAUUCCGCUCUCCUAUUGUCUUAUUUAUAGUCGGAUGUACAAGACAGAAUUAAUGAAUAAUAAUUAUACUUUUAUCGUCCUGGUCA